CAUUAGCAAAUAUUCUCAGCAAUUAGUAUGAUUCAUAUUUUUAAAGAAAACAAUCAAAUUUUAGAGUUGAGCACGUGUUCUUUCAAAAUUUCCGUAAUAUUCAAAAAAAGCGAUUUGCCAUCGAUUUGGAACCAGUGUUGUGCUCUGUGUGCGCGUUUUACUUAUUGAGAUGAUGAUGCCCCGAUCCCGAUGUUAAUGCCGCCGUAUUUUUUGUAUUUUUGUGUGUGCGUCUCCGUCUAGAUCGCCGCAUUUUCCGUGUUCGUGUGUGUUUGUGUGUGUGUGUGUGUUUCAGCAACUGAAAUAAACGAAAUAGGAAAUUUUGGUAUUUCUUUUAUAAAUAGAUUUCGCCAUACGGAGAAAAGUUAAGACGAGGAAAAUGUGAAAAGUGAAUGAAACGCACGAAAAUUUGUUAAAAAUCAAAGCGAAUUACAGCCCACAAAAGCGGCCACAACGUGAAUUGUGUGAAUUGUUCGAAAAAUGUGCAAAUUGUGUGUGAGUGCGGUUGAGAAUUAAAUUGAUUGCCUACUGAGAAAGAUAUAGAUUAAAUGCAAUCUACUCGCAAUUUGUACAAUCAACUAGACAAAGGCUAAACAUGUGAAUUUUGCUUGCACAUUACAUUGUGAAUGCGAAAUAAAUAAUUAUAGCAGUGUGAAGCAUAUUUUCUAUUUACAAAACGUACAAAAUGCAAGCGUCUUCGACGACAACAACAACAACGACGACCAAAACCAAAAAGCUCAGCAGUAGCGGAGGCAGCGGCAGCUCUGGCGGUUCGGUGGCCAUGACGAGUGCCAGCAAAACAACAACGACAACAACAACGACGACAAACCGCAAGCCUGCAGGAGCCGCCGCCAAAUCACCGAAAGCUGCGCCGGUCGCAGCGAUCAGCAACGAUGCGCACGCCGAGAUUGCGGAGCUGUCAAAGAAGAUCAGCGAGCAUGCCGAUGCCAUCUAUCAGACGUGGAGGAGCCGCGGUCUGCCGCCCGCGCAGCUGCUUGAGAUGUACACAAAUGCCGCGGCCUCGGGCGACUUUGCGGAUGUUGCUGUUGCAGCUGCGACAGCUGCAACAACGGACAUUAGCAGCGCCGAGGGCUUGCAGAAGAUGGUCACCAGUUUUGUGAACAAAGACAAAGAGCAGCGCGGCAAGAAUGUUGUUAAAAAAGCAUCGGAAGUGGGCGUGGCUGCCCAGUCAAUUGGCAAUGGCAAGCUAAAGAAAACAGCGACAACAACAGCACUAACCGGAGCGACAACGACAACAACAACGCCAACAACUGGCUCAACCAAAGCCAGUAAGCCGAGUCAACAGCAGGCCAGCGAUCAGUCGUUGCAAUCUCCCAAAAAAGUGGCAGCAGUGACUGCCAGCAAAACGCUGCCCGAUGUGAAUCUCAAUUAUGACAUCGAUUUGCAUCUGGAUGUUAACAAUUUGUCGCAGCAGCAGACGCAGCACUUGCUCAAAAUCAGCGAGUUGCUGCAGAAAGAGGCAGCCGCCGCAGCAGCGGCAGCAGCAUCAGCAACAGUUGCAAGCACAGGGUCAACAACGCCUACCAAGAAGCGGCAAAGCAACAGCAAUGGUAGUAAGACCAGCAGCAACAGCAAUACUCUAAUCAAUAGCAACAACAACAACAACAAGUUAACAACAGCAACUCAGAACAGCAAGAAACUGAGCAAAGCCAGCAGCAACAACAGGAGCAGCAGCAACAGUCACGCCAACAGCAGCAGCGAAAGUGCAGGCGAUGCAGUUGAUGCACCUCGUGUGGGCGUGGCUGUGACAUUGACAGAUAAAGGCGCCAGCGAGCCCACGAUCAGCAGUCGUAAAGCGAGCAAAACCAAAGAGAACCACAGCGAACAACAGAAGCCGGCAAUGGCGAAUUCGACAGCAACAGCAACAGCAACAGCAGCAGCAACAACAACAUCAACAACAAUAUCCACAACCAAAGAAAAGCCAGCGAUCACGAGGAAAACAGCCAACAGUCGAAAUAGUAGCAGCAACAGCAACACUGAUAACAGCAAUGCCAGCAACAUUGUGGCGAACGCAAAAGCAACGGCAACACCAUCGGCAACAUCAACAGCAGCAGCAGCAACUACAACAGCAACAGUUGGAUCGUCAGCGACUUCGGUGGACACAACGAUGCCAACGUUGAAUAAAAUCAAACCGACGAGCGGCAGCCGAGCAGCGCUCACCAAUGGCCAGGAUAAGAAUUUGGGCAGACCAAUCCUAACACGUGGUUCCGUCGCCGAGCGCGUGCUGCUCUUUGAGAAGCGUCCGGAUGUGCGCAACUCGUUCCUCGACAUCAAACGGCCUGUGGAGGCGCCGCCGAAGAGUCUGCUUAAGGUCAAAUUGCAUGCGACACCGCCUCCGGCGCCUGCACAGGAACAGAACUCGCUGCAAAAGGAGAUUAGGAGCUCCAAGAGUGUCUAUAUACCCAGAUUCUACUUUCCACAUGGCAAGCCACAGCCAACGAUUGCCAUGGAACGGGUUAUUCGCGGCAUAUUGUCCGCCUUUGAUAGCUUUCCCAACAAUCAGGUGACCAAGGAUGAGCUGCCGCGCAUCCUGAAGCUAUGCGGACUGCCCUUCUAUUGGCGCAUGCCAGUGAUGAUCUUCUGUCAAGCGAGCACCACGGGUCUGGUUGAACGCCAGCGUUUUGUGGAGUUCUGGAAGCAGAUGAAUGUAUAUUGCCAUGAGGCUGCCUCGAGAUUUGUUUACAUUUUGUCGCGGGGCCAACGCUUUCGUUCGUAUAUUGUGCCCGAUGAUCUGGUGCCAUUGGUGCAGGACGUGGUUGACACGCACCCCGGUCUGGCCUUUCUUAAAGAAGCAACCGAGUUCCAUUCCAGAUACGUGCACACGGUCAUCGCACGCAUCUUCUACUCAGUGAAUCGCAGUUGGAGCGGCAAGAUAACAAUAUCGGAGCUUAAGCGAUCCGAUUUGCUGGAGAUGAUCAGUCUGCUGGAGGAGGAGGAUGAUAUCAAUCAGAUAAUGGCCUUCUUUAGCUACGAGCACUUUUAUGUGAUCUAUUGUAAGUUCUGGGAACUGGACAAGGAUCACGAUUUGCUCAUCAAUCAGGACGAUCUAGCCAAGCACAGCGACAACGCUCUCUCCACACGCAUCGUUGAGCGCAUAUUCUCCGGCUGUGUGACACGCAGCGACAACAAAAAGUCCCCUGAGGACGAGCCUAAGAUGUCGUACACAGAGUUCGUGUGGUUCAUUCUCUCUGAGGAGGACAAACGCACGCCCACAGCCAUUGAGUACUGGUUCCGCUGCAUGGAUAUCGAUGGAGAUGGUGCCCUUUCCAUGUACGAGCUGGAAUACUUCUAUGAGGAGCAGCAACAGCGCAUGGAGGGCAUUGGCAUUGAGUGCUUGCCAUUUGAGGAUUGCCUCUGUCAGAUGCUGGAUAUGAUCAAGCCUGCGAAUCGUGAUUCCAUAACGCUAGGAGAUUUGAAACGCUGCAAAAUGACGCACGUAUUCUUUGAUACGUUCUUCAAUCUAGAGAAAUAUUUGGAUCACGAACAGCGCGAUCCAUUCGCCGCACAGCGGGAUGAGUCAAAUUCGGAUUGGGAUCGAUUUGCGGCACAGGAAUAUGAACUGCUUAUAUCUGAGGAGAAUGAUUGAAGCUCGUUUGCCAAAUUCGGUUUUUAACAACUUAUACAUAACAUACAAACUCAUAUCUACACACACAAACAUACUCAUUCAUGACAAAACAUAUUUAUUUACUUACAAAUUUUUAUACAAAUUUAUACACUACGUAAACGAAAAAUCCAAGAAAAAAAACCCAAAAAGAAAUCUAUUCUUUUAGUGCAAAUGUGCAAUAAAACUUUAAAACUAUUUAUUUAUGCUUCUUUUCCGUUAUUCAGUUAACUCUUUAAUGAAAUAAAACACAUAAGUAGUAUUCGCGAUUUUAGCUUGAAAACUGAACUGAAUAUCGGAACACGCCAAAUUGAGAAUCAAACAUAAAAAUUGUUUUUUUUUUUUUGAGUAGUAAACAUUAGUCAAUUGAAUUUGUGCAAAUUUUGUUUAGUUGAAAUAUGAUAAAUAAAAUAAUAAUAAAUUUUGUGAAUUUUAUUUUACUAUAAUUGGGCGAUAAUCCUCAAAAAACAGCAAGAAUGGAAUUACUUAAUAGAAACUAAAUUUUAUGAAUUUUACUAGUGUGAAAAAAUGAUUGCAAUAUACUUUUAUACAUGAUGAAUUGAAUAGGUAAUAAUUAAAGGCAAUUAGCCUUAAAUUUGGUUUUUUUAUUAACUUAUUUUGAACUCUUUUUUUUUUUGUUUAAUUUUUCUUUUACAACUUAAAUUAGUUAAAAAUAUACUUUGCUUCUCUUUGUAUUCGUCUUCGCUUUAACACUUUUAGCUACGCCAUCUGAUUCGCCUAAUUUAUUUGCUUUCUAUACAUAACUUUUAUUGAAAUAUAUAUAUAGUAUUUAUGCAGUUCACGCAGCGCCAACUGAUAAGUUAGAUUAGAUAUUACAUCGGAUAUUAGAAAAAUGUUUAUUCUUCGCAUUACAAUUCUAAUUUAUUGUUUUCUUUUUUUAUUACAAUUGCUGGUUUGUUACAAACGGUUCUUGAAUGGUUGCGAUGCAGAUACAAUCUACGCUGCUCGUCAGUUAUUAAAUCACAGGUGAAUAUGGGGCGAUAUAUAUUGAAUUGUAAUUGUUUAUAAUAAUUGCGCAAA